AGUCCUCAUUUUCUCUGCUGCUGCACUGAAGGGAACAUGCUGGUUACAAACUGGUUGGCGGGGCUGGUCUGUCAUCUCUGCUUUGUGCACACUCGUUCCUGGGAAAGCCGGCUUCACCCCAAGAAAGACAGUUUUGUGAAGGAUCUUUCAUCCUAUGAAGUUGUCAUACCUUCCAGAGUAAACGAUUUGGGGGGAGUUUUCCAUCACACUGAACAUUUCCAAAGAAGGAAAAGAGGUCUUGAUUUCCAGCAUUCAGACUCAUUUGCCCACAGGACGCUUUAUCGUUUUUCUGCCUAUGGACAGCUCUUCCAGUUUAACCUUACUGUGAAUGCAAACUUCAUUGCUGACUCUUAUAAUGUUGUACAUAUUGGAAACCAAAGCAACUUUGAUCAUGACAUCUCAGACCUCAGGCAUUGUUUCUACAGUGGACAUGUCAAUGGUUUGGACGUCCAUGCAGCUGUCUUUAGCCUCUGUGGUGGAAUGAUUGGCACUUUUAAAGCACAUGAUGGGGAAUAUUUUUUAGAGCCUCUGAUGCAAUCUGAUGGAUUGGAGUAUGAAGAUGGGGACAGCAAGCCACACCUCCUCUACCGACAUGAAGUUAAACACAAUGAUUCUUCUGGGGAUCCACAACCAAACUGUGCUGCUUCAGAACCUAAGAAAAAGGAGGAUUUGCUCCCAUUUCAUGUUUCAAGCAGCUUUGCACAAGAUAUUAACAGUUUGGUAAAUUCAGCAUUUUCUUACUCACCACAAAAUAAAACGCAAGAAGAUGAAAACAAGAUACAUAUCAGAAAAAAGCGUUUUCUUUCAUAUCCCAGAUAUGUGGAACUCAUGGUUGCAGCCGAUGCAAAAAUGGUUCGUCAUCACGGCCGAAAUUUACAGCACUACAUUUUAACUUUAAUGUCAAUAGUUGCUGCUAUUUACAAAGAUCCAAGCAUUGGGAAUCUCAUUAACAUCAUGAUUGUAAAGCUUGUUGUAAUCCAUAGUGAACAGGAUGGACCUGUAAUCAGCUUUAAUGCCGCUACAACUCUUCACAACUUUUGUGUAUGGCAAAAAUCACAAAAUAUCCCAGAUGAUUCUCACCCUUCCCAUUAUGAUACAGCUGUUCUUCUCACCAGGGAAGACAUAUGUAGAGCCACUGAUAAGUGUGAUACGCUGGGGUUAGCAGAGCUUGGCACUAUGUGUGACCCCCACCGAAGCUGCUCCAUAAGUGAAGAAAAUGGUCUUGGUUCAGCUUUUACAAUUGCACAUGAACUGGGACAUGUAUUUAACAUGCCUCAUGAUGACAGCUUCAAGUGCAGGGAAGCAGGGAUAAAAAACCAGUUUCAUGUGAUGUCUGCCACAUUAAAUUACGAUACAAGUCCAUGGACCUGGUCAGCAUGCAGUAAGAAAUACAUAACAGAAUUUCUUGAUACUGGUUAUGGGGAAUGCCUCCUUGAUAAGCCUAGUGGAAGAAUCUAUGAGUUUUCACAACAAUUGCCAGGUGCUAUUUACGAUGCUAACAAGCAGUGUGAAUUAAUGUUUGGCAUUGGUUCACAAGUAUGCCCCUACAUGAAGCAGUGCAGGCGCUUAUGGUGCAUUAGCAGGGAGGGAAUCCGUAAUGGGUGUCGGACUCAGCACAUGCCUUUGGCUGAUGGAAGUGACUGUGGCCCUGGAAUGCAUUGCCGCAGUGGGCUCUGUGUGAACAAAUUUAUGGAUUCAAAACCUGUGGAUGGUGAAUGGGGAUCCUGGGGACCUUACAGCUCAUGUUCAAGGACUUGUGGCGGUGGAAUUAAGAGUUCUACAAGAGAGUGUAAUCGUCCAGAGCCAAGAAAUGGAGGCAAAUAUUGCGUUGGGAGGCGAAUGAAGUUUCGAUCUUGCAACACUGAGUCCUGUCCUAAAGGAAAAAAGGAAUUUAGAGAUGAGCAGUGUUCUCAGUUUGAUGGUAAACAUUUCAACAUCAAUGGUCUUACAUCCAAUGUACGCUGGAUUCCGAAAUAUAGUGGAAUUUUAAUGAAAGAUCGCUGCAAACUUUUUUGUCGGGUGUCUGGGUCUUCAUCGUACUAUCCUCUAAAAGACCGAGUUACCGAUGGUACUCCUUGCGGGCCUGAGACAGAUGAUGUUUGCGUUCAAGGACUAUGCAGGGAAGCUGGAUGUGACCACAUAUUGAACUCUAAAGCAAGGAAAGAUAAAUGUGGUGUGUGUGGGGGCGAUAAUUCCUCCUGCAAAACUAUGAUGGGCACCUUUAAUCAUGCUCAGUAUGGAUACACAACCAUCGUGAAAAUUCCUGUUGGCUCAACAAACAUUGACAUUCAUCAGCGUAGCUCCUCUGAAGUACCAGAUGAUAACUACCUCGCAUUAUCUGACAGCCAAGGAAACUUCUUCCUCAAUGGCAACUUUGUUGUGACCAUGUUCAAAAGGGAAAUUAUUAUAAGAGGUGCCACAUUUGAGUAUAGUGGUUCAGACAGCAUAAUUGAACGAAUAAACAGCACAGACCGUUUGGAAGAAGAGCUAAUUUUGCAGGUGCUGUGUGUGGGAAACUUAUACAGCCCCGAUGUACAGUAUUCUUUUAAUAUCCCUAUUGAAGAUAAAAAUGAACAGUUUGCAUGGGAUCCGUACGGGCCUUGGCAGUCCUGCAACAAGAUGUGUCAAGGCAUGCGAAAAAGAAAACAUUUGUGUCUUCGAAGAAGUGACAGAUUUGUGGUUUCUGACCAGAGAUGUGAACAUCUGCCUCGCCCAGAAUCGGUGACUGAGCCAUGUAAUGGCGAAUGUCAGUUAAGGUGGUAUGUUGCUGGUAAAAGUGAGUGUUCGUCACAGUGUGGACAAGGCCUUCGAACUUUAGAUAUACGCUGUAUGAAAUACUCAUCUGCAAAAGGGACAAGUACUCCAGUAGGAGAUAAAUUUUGUGCCAGUUUCCCUAAACCUACAAACAGAGAACGUUGCAAUGGUGACUGCCUCUCGGCAAGCUGGCAUUAUACAGAAUGGUCUCAGUGCUCUAAAAGCUGCGGGAGAGGGGUGCAAGUAAGAGAAGCCUAUUGUAUGAACAACUUUGGCCGUCGCUUGGCUGAUAGAGAAUGCAGUGAACACCGCAAGGUUGUGACCCAGAGCUGCAGUGAACACACAUGCCCUGUCUGGACUACAAGUGAAUGGAGUGAGUGCCAUGUGACAUGUGGAAAGGGAUUCAAGCACCGACAUGUAUCAUGCCAAGUGAAUGAUGAACAACUUAAAGACAAUUAUUGUGACCCAAACAGCAAGCCCGAAUCAGUCAGACACUGUGAACUUCAAGAAUGUGCAUCGUGGCAAGUAGAAGCCUGGGGACCAUGUUCUGUGACGUGUGGACAUGGAUAUCAGCUACGCAAAGUAAAAUGUGUCUUUGGGAGUCAUGGGGCAACUCUGGAUGAACGUGAAUGCAACGCUGCUACUCGGCCCACAGAUAGCCAGGAUUGUGAAAGGUCUUCGUGCCAAGUACAUUUCCAUGCAACUACAUUACCUCCUGGUAAUCAAAUGCAAAAAAAUACACAGUGGAGAUAUGGUUCAUGGACUCAAUGCUCUGCCUCUUGUGGAAGUGGUAACCGUGCUCGCUAUGUGAGCUGUAGAGAUAUGUUUGGUGGAGUUGCAGAUGAAUCCUCCUGUGCCCAUUCACCACGGCCUGCUGAGGUUUCUAGCUGUUUUACUCCAUGUGGAGAAUGGCAGUCUGGGGACUGGUCUCCUUGCCCAGUAACCUGCGGUCGUGGAAAGGUAAUGCGACAGGUUGUUUGUGUCGGUUAUGAGGGAAGGAUUGAGGAUAUCAACUGUGAUCCUGAGAACCAGCCAAUUAAAGAACAAGAAUGUAAUAUGGGACCUUGUAAAACCUACAACCAGAACCCUGGUAAUCAUGAUGCAAGAGCCCAACAGCCUGAUAAUAAACCUACAUUUAGAGGAUAUGAUACGCCUGACAACAUCAACCAAAGAAACAAGCCUAUUACUCAUGGUAUUCAAUGGAGAACUGGACCUUGGGGAGCAUGUUCAAGCACAUGCUCGGGUGGUUUUGAGCACAGGGUUGUGGUAUGUCAAGAUGAAGAAGGAAGAAGUAGUAAUUUCUGUGACCAGGAAGCUAAACCUGCUGAAACAAGGCGUUGUGACUCUGGAACUUGUCCCAGGUGGAAUCAUGGGAUUUGGGGAGAAUGUACAAAAACUUGUGGCGGUGGAAUGAAAACAAGAUUAGUGAUUUGCCAGCUGACAAGUGGACAGAUUUUGAAUGAUCAAAACUGUGAGAUCCUUAGUAAACCACCAAACGUGGCACAGUGUAACACACAUGCGUGCCCUGCUGAUACUGCAUGGCAUCUAGGACCAUGGAAAUCGUGUUCUGUCACCUGUGGCAAAGGAGUAAAAUAUCGCACUGUAUCCUGUGUUACCAAAGGUCAACAAGUAGUGGUUGAUGAGAAGUGCAAACAUUUACGGAAACCUCGUACAGAGAAAAUUUGUAGAAAUGGCAGAUGCCCCUCUUGGAAGGCCGGAACAUGGAAUGAGUGCUCAGUGACAUGUGGUGUGGGGACCCAGCACAGAGAUGUUUAUUGUAGGAAAAAAGGUCACGGAAGAAUGAAAGAUACAUUUUGCAACCAUAGUAUUCGCCCUGACAGUCAAAAAUACUGUCAGCUACCUGAAUGUUUCUAUUAUCAUUGGGUUGCAGAUGAAUGGCCUGGUUGUUCAACAGAAUGCAAGGAUGGGGAGUCCAGAAGGAAGGUGAAAUGUGUUGACAAAAGUGGGCGAUCUGUGAAUGAUGCAUACUGUGACCCUGCUACCAAGCCACCAGCUACUAAGACAUGCAAGAAUGUUCCCUGCAAGCACAUAGUGGUCACUGAAGAUAUGUCACAGUGUACCGGUGUAUGCUGGUUUGGUUACAAGAAAAAAAUAACAUAUUGCAAAAAAGUGCCUUCUACUUACAGCAAGUAUAAGGCUGGUAUUCGCUCCGUCGUCUAUAAAAGGUGUCCUAUUCGCCCCUGGUUGCUGGAUCAUACUUGUAAAGGAAAGAGCUGUGUGCAAGCCGUUUCUUGGAAAGUUGGAAAAUGGAGCAAGUGUUCUGUAACAUGUGGCGUUGGGAUGAUGGAGAGACGGGUGGUAUGCAUGACGGAUGGCAGUUCUCCUAGCGAUCUCUGUCCUUCCCAUGUGAAGCCUCCUUCCAGAAAGACAUGCCAGUCUAAUAGCUGUGACUUUAAAAGCUGCAAGGAAAUACGUCUAACGAAUAAUAUUCAGGCAGAUGGUGAAUACACAUUGAGCAUUAACAACAGGAAAGUAAAGGUUUACUGCUUGGGAAUGCAGUCAGAUAGCCCAAAGGAAUACAUAACAUUGGUUAAAGGUGAAGCGGACAACUUUUCAGAAGUAUUUGGAUAUAGGCUGAAAAACCCAUACCAAUGUCCUUUUAAUGGAAGCAGAAACCAUCAAUGUGCAUGUAAAAAUGAUUACCUUGCAGCAGGAUAUACUGCCUUCAGUAAAGUACGUCUGGACCUCAUUUCCAUGCAAAUCAAAACUACAGACCUUCAUUUUGCUCACACACUGCUUGGAAGGGCAGUCCCAUUUGCCACAGCAGGUGACUGUUACAGCGCUGCCAAGUGCCCUCAGGGUCAAUUUAGUAUAAACCUUUCAGGAACUGAUUUCCAAAUAUCAAACACUGCCAGAUGGAUUUCUCAAGGAAAUUAUGCAACUGUCAAUAUACACAAAUCACAGGAUGGAUCAAAAAUAUAUGGAAGAUGUGGAGGGUACUGUGGAAAGUGUGUUCCCCAUUCAAGCAUUGGUCUACCGGUCCAAGUGCUGUAGAAAUAAGAAUAACAUGAAACUACAGAGGUGCUAAAAAAAAACAGAAAAUGGUUUUAUCCAUUCACAAUUAUUGAAAAGUUAUG